AUGCCAUCAAUAUCGCAGCCAUUUAGGCUCGCAGUACUUCCCAAAAUUGCAUCGCUGAAUAACUAUGCUUCACAAGCUAAUUUAUUGCCAGUAGCAGACACUUUGACAGCGUCUACAAAUUACAUCACAGUGGGUAUAUCUGGGUCUGCCAUUUCGCAGUUUGUGGUGAAUCCGACCCCAAAACCUGUAUACAAUCUGCCCAUUUCGUCGAUAAGCACGGUCACCGCUUCUGAUGUUGCAGAGUCCACCGCAGGAAACGAGCUAUGGUGCUACGCUUUGCAAGCGAACAAGACGUUUUCCAUCAACUGUGUGGAGAAACCUGCGUCAUCGGCGCCAGCAACUGACUCGCACUUUGGGGAGACACACACUAGCAAUAAGAUUGCCGUGGCAGACCGUGCAGUGAGCAUCAAGGUGCUGGGCCUCAUGAAAACCAUCGUGGUCGUACUUCGAAGCGGACUGGUCCAGUUCUACGAUUUUUCUUUGAAGCUUCAAUUUUCCUACGAUUCAUCUUACAAGGACGUCCAGUUCGUGCAGCAUUUUUCCAACGAGGCCAACGAGCAGUUUGUCUUUCUUCUAAGUGACGUCGAAGGCAGCAAGGCGUCUUUCAAGCUUUUGAAAAUCAGCGCCAACCUAGCUCUUCCAAUAAAAGAGUUGAGCGCCAUCAUUCUCGAGAACUUCUCUUUGAAGGACUCCAGUGUUUUUUACCAAUUCGGUAACGUCUACCGCUUGCACGGUACAAGCAUAGACAUCUACAGCUUGCCCUAUUUCCAGCAUAUCCAUAAUAUCGCCUUGCCCUUCUUGAAAGAAGGCAGCGAAACGUCAUUCAAGCCUAUUUCCAAAAACAGGGCUCUUCUAACAUCCGAUAAUCAUAUCUACCUGCUCGACCUGUUGCAUAAUGCCAUUUUGAGUCAUCGGGAAUUGACGCAUCUCAAGACUUUUCAACUACUCAGCACCGCCAUAAUACCGGGCAAUUUCAAUGCCAACAACGAAACAAUGGCUGUCGGUGUUUCGGUAAAGCAUGGUGCCAACUCCACAAGCUCGCUGGAUAUCGUUAAUAUUGACGUUGGAACGGGAACUCUCAAAGAUUCGGUAGGUAAAGGUUUUUCUCUGCGUAACUCUCGCGACAGACACUUGCAACCGCUUCUUGAAGACUCAAGUGACGUUGAAACCCACGAGUUCAACUACGAUCAGAUUCUGAAGGAUCUGAAGAAAGCAAAGGGUAACAUCGGGAAAUUUGACUCACUGUUUUUCAAAAAGCUAGGGAUAAAGAAGGACUAUUACACGGAAUCGGACCGUUUUGUCAAUGGUCAAGAAUUCCUACGUGACGUUGUUUCCAUCAUUUACGAUAAUUUCGAUACCGAGUACCCCAAGGCUUUGCCCUACCUUCUAACACAUCCGCUUUUCCCAAAAUCACAUACACCCGGCAUUCUUCAAAAGUUGAAGGAUCACCCAAGGCUAUUCAAGCAGGCCAUUGUCACUUGCCCUAACUUGUCCCUAGAUGAGCUAUUGCAAGAGCUGUUCACGGUAAUCAACGAGGAAAUUUGUUUGGACCUCUCGUUACGAAUUCUACAGGACUUUAACAAAGAAGCUAUCAAAGAAGCUAUUAAGACUAAGAGUAAAGUCGACGUGAAUAACUUUAUCGAUUUUGUCAUUGGUGAGAAUGUGGACGAGGACAGACUCAAAAACAAACCUCGUUUAUUCCAGCUGCUAGGUUUGAUCUUGGACACCGUCGGCCUGUUCGCAUUGACUGAAGAAACGCUUGCAAAGCUUUCGGAAUACAUCGAGCGCCAAUUGAGCGUGGUGAGGCAGAACGUUGAACUAUUUCACUUACUGGAGGACAAAAAUCUCAAGAGCACGAUAAAUCCCUUCCAAGGUGAAGCACUCGUCCCAACCGAAGGAAGCAUUGCAGCAUAUAGCGUAGAACAGUUAGAACUAUAG